AUGGCGGCAUAAGCCUACUUUGGUACCUAAUCAUGGCUAGCCAAUGACAAUAUUUCUAAAAAAAAUUGUUUUACCAUAAGUGAAAUAAAUGGAGACCGAGCUGAGUGUGAAAAUUGACCUGUACAACUUGGAUGAUGCAAAGUUUGAAAAUAGCAAAUAUGUCCUGACUAGCCCAAGAUCUUUAGAAGCCUGCUCAAGGUUAAAUGUAAAGCCUAUAGAGCUCCUGUACAAACCAUUAUCUGAGUUUCAUGAGGAAUUUUUACCCCAAGAUGUCCCCCAACACACCAUUUAUGCCCUCUAUGACGAGAGCGAGCAAAUCAGACAAAAAAAGUUGAAAUUAUGUAGAGAAGAAAGAAGUAGGUUAAUACUAGAAAACCAGAAGAAAUCCAGAUUGUUGGUGGAGGCUAAGAUGUUUCCAACUCAUGGUUUUCCUAGUCAUGCCCUAAGGAGGAAUAACUCAUCUAAUCUGGCGUUGAAUUCUACCAAGGGACGGAAAAGGUCAUUUGAGAGAGAAAGCCCAAAACUUCACAGAGAACUGAUAUCAAAGAAAGACUUGCUGCCCCAAAAGCAUCAUUCUGCCAGAAGGUCUCGGCCAGUGUCAGCAGAAGGAAGGAAACCUCAGCGCCGUAGCACCUCUGCUGUUGUAGGCUCUCGUGUAGAGUACAGAAGUGGCUCUGCUCCAUGCCAUGUCCGUCUGCCUGCUAGAGAUGAAAAGAUCUUGAAGCUGAUGACAGAGCGCAGAGAGAAGGAAAGAAAAAACUUGUCAGUCAGCAGAGAGGCUCACAGAGUGUGGGAGGAACAGAAAAGGAGGGAGGAGAUUCUAAAACUCCUGGCAGAGAAUAAGAGAAGACAACUCUUAGAUGAAGAAAACAGACUUAAUUACCUUUACAAGACAGAUGGACCAGAGAAGUUGGAAGAUGACAACAAAAAUAGAUUGAAGGUGGACAUUGACCAACAUAGCUCAGAUGCUUCUUUAAUGAGGCAGUUACGCUUGCAGGAACAGAAACUUGAGGACAGAAUCAGGAAAGAAACUUUAAAAAAGACUUCGCAGGAGAGGAAUCUGCAAAGAAUUUCUGACUCUGACAAAUACUUGGCCAAACUACUUUUAAAGGAUCAAACAUCUGAUCUGAACUCAGCCUCUGAGAGGAAAGGUGUUCGGAUCCACCAUGAAUCAUUGAAAAAAUUCUUGGAAAACAGAAAAGCAAGAGAAGAAUUUGAACGAAGAAAGAAAAGCCUGACAAAUCAAGAGAAAGAAAAUGAAGAUUUGAUUCGAUCUUCCAUGGAAGUCAGACUGGGCCAAGCAGAAGCAAAGUUAUACCAGGUGCUUGACAAGAGGAAUAGGCAGCUAGAGGAGCAACACCAUCAGGAACAAGUUAAACUACAGAAAGCUCGCAGCUCUAAUAAACAAAAAGAUGCCGCCAUUCAGGAGUACCUGCAGGAGCUCUUGGAGCACAAGAAGCAGGUGGAGCUGCGCGCCCAGGCAACAGCCCAGCGCAGCAUUGAGCACAAGUCUCAUCAAGCCAGGGUCCAACGCACACAGAAACAACAGGAGCACAGGAGGAACAUGAGCAAGAUCCAGAAAGAAAAAGACAGACAACGCAAGCUGCUUGAGAUCUCGCUGUCACAGAAAGACAGAAAAAUUGAGGAACUUCUGGAAGAAAAAGAGAGGACAGUGGCUGAGACCCGGGCCCUGGCCCAGUUGAGCCAGACCCUGAGGGACGACAUCAAGGACAAGUAUGAGUCAGACACUUUUGACAAGAAAGUUCUGGAAGCCCAGCUGUACGCCAACCUGGAGAAGCCAGUCAGACAAAAAUCAUGGACAAAAGCUGGACAUUGACAAAAGCUGGAGAUUGACAAAAGCUGGACAUUGACAAAAGCUGGACAUUGACAAAAGCUGGACAUUGACAAAAGCUGGACAUUGACAAAAGCUGGACAUUGACAAAAGCUGGACAUUGACAAAAACUGGAAAUUGACAAAAGCUGGACAUUGACAAAAGCUGGACAUUGACAAAAACUGGACAUUGACAAAAGCUGGAAAUUGACAAAAGCUGGACAUUGACAAAAGCUGGACAUUGACAAAAGCUGGACAUUGACAAAAGCUGGACAUUGACAAAAACUGGAAAUUGACAAAAGCUGGAAAUUGACAAAAGCUGGACAUUGACAAAAACUGGAAAUUGACAAAAGCUGGACAUUGACAAAAGCUGGACAUUGACAAAAGCUGGAAAUUGACAAAAGCUGGACACUGACAUAAGCUGGAUAUUUUAUUUUUUAACUUUUUCUUUUAAUGAAUUUUUAAGCACAUUUUUUAUUCAAUGUACAAAUUAUACACAUCUACAUAAUUGCUUUAAUCUUCUGUACAAAUAUGCUUGACUUGAUAAGAUAUGAUUCUAUUUCUAAGCAAAUAUUUACAUACAUUUAUUAUUUGUAUUUCUUUAUUUGAUUUGUACUACUUCUUAAAUAUUUUAAAAAGUAUUUAGUGUUUAUGUUUUAAUGUGUAUUUGCUAUUUUUUUUUUCCAAAGAACUGUAGAAUUUGAGUACUUUCCCCAUACCAGAUUUUUAUGAACAACACAACUAUCUAACUACACCUUAGAACUACUCAAGUUGAUUUACUUAUAUAAAUGAUGUACAAUACACAAUUCUGUUGCUUUUUUUUUCACAAGCUGUAUAAGUUUAAAAUACAAUUUGUGUGCAAUUUUUUAUUAAGCCGCGCAUAUUUUCAAAAUAAAUGUGACAGUCAAA